GACUAACAGGAACAAACUUCUCUGCUAAGAACAGCUCAAAUGACUGCAGUAGCAUUGUUCUUGUAAUAUCUUGGCCAAAUGCAGCAUGUGUGUCUCUGAUAGAAUGAAGCAGGUGGGGGGAAAAAAAGAAAAAGAAAAAGAAGAAGAAAAAGAAAAAGAAAAAAGAAAAAGAAAAAGAAAAAGAAAAAGAAAAAGAAAAAGAAAAAGAAAAAGAAAAAGAAAAAGAAAAAGAAAAAGAAAAAAGUUAGUUUAGUUUUAUGCAGCCACACAAACUCCAGGAGUUAAUAAGAAUCCGGAGCGGACACCCGGCCGCCCGGCUUUGCCAAGGGUUUGCGAGCCGCUGGUGCGGAACUACAUUUCCCAGCGCUCCCAGCGGGGGAAGAACGACUGGGAACCAGUGAAACAGCUGUCCCGGCGGUUGCUGCAGGAGCUGGGGUCACAGGGGGUGCUCUGGUGGCUGCCCCCGCUGCUGGAGACAGCUCUCCGUCUGCACAGAGCAAAGCAGAGACAGCUACCUGUUGGUCAUGGCUGCGAUUUAUCAAGCAGUGCACAGAAGAGCUUCCUCUCUCUUCUGCAGGUUACACUCUACCUAUGUUAGAAAAAUGAGAUACUUAAAUGAGCUAAAGGAAGAUGACAGCCUUUGCAGACAAGCCCAGACCUCAGGGACUUUCUACCUCUUUCACAAUCUCUUCCCCUUUCUGCAGAAAGUUGGGAACAAAUAUUUGGUGCCACAGCUUAGUGCAGCAGAGAUGAAAACGAUCCUGGAGAAAUUCAAAGAAACCGAGCAGUGGAUAGAGAAGUCGGUGCUGAUCGGCUGUUCAGACGAGCACGUACCACACUUCGCCGUGGAUUUAGGAGCCUUGGAGAAAUCAGUUAUUGAGUCUGAACUCAAGGGAGCGUUCACAGACUUACAAAAGGCUCUCUUCAUAGUGGAUGAGAAGGAUUCUUCUGUGCUGGCUUCGGCCCAGUCCCUUCUCCGGUGGCACGACUCCCACCAGUACUGUAGCAAAUCUGGGCAGCCCACUCAGAAAAACGUAGCCGGCAGCAAGCGUGUCUGCCACGCCAGCGGAAUAACUUACUAUCCACAGACAUCUCCCGUGGUGAUCACCCUGGUGUCCGAUGGCAGCCGGUGCCUCCUCUCGCGACAGCCCUCAUUUCCCCCGGGGAUGUUCAGCGCUCUGUCAGGAUUCUGCGAUGUGGGUGAAAACGUGGAGGAGACAGUGCGGCGAGAGGUGGCCGAGGAGGUGGGUCUGGAGGUGGAGUCGCUCCGCUACUCGGCUUCUCAGCACUGGCCCUUUCCCAGCAGCUGCUUGAUGAUCGCGUGUCACGCCUUGGUGAGGGCACAGCAGACCGAGAUCAGUAUGAACAGCCAGGAACUUGAGGCAGCGCGUUGGUUUGGCCUGGAGGAAGUCGUGGAGGGUCUCAAGAGAGAGCCCAGAUCUUCAAAGCAAGACAACGGCGUAACUUCAAGUCUGCAGUUCUACCAGAACUACAAGAGCUCGAAACAAAAGCCUCCAAAGUUACUGAAGGCAAAGUCUGUGUUACAGCGAGGACAGCACCAGACCGCCAUCAGUCUUAUACUCAGCACCGAGCUUCUUGUGACCAGCUGCUGCUGUUGCCCAGCAAGCAACAGAACAAGAGCCCCUGGCACCCAUGCUGCACUUUCCUACCUUUUAUCCGUCGUGCGUGGAUAUCCAACACAAUUUUUGCAGGAAAAAAUAAAGGGACAGUGGCACCUUUCAGUGUUUAUGUGGAUCUGGAAGAAACAUCCAAAAAACCAGAAGAAAACCCCAAACAGUGCCCGUAUGCUCUCCUCUUCUUCUGCUUCCCUCCCCAUCCCAUCUUCCAGUUUCAUAUAAAUCAUCCUAUUUUUUAUUUGCAAAUAUAAGUGGGCUCCUGCUUUGUCAAAUAGCUGAGCAACUAGAAAUAUCUCUAGAGGCACCAUUUUCCCCACCAGUAAGACAGUGUUACUUCCACCCUAAGGAAGAGAGAACAGAGCUAUCUGCUGGUGGCAAGUGGGAGAGCAAAACCUAUACAAUAAGCAUGUUAGAAGAACCCAGAUGAUGCAAAGGUGAGAGGAACUGCUGCAAGGAAGAAUUGUACCUCCAACAGAGAAAAAGCCUGAAAGGCACAACACCUCUCACCCUGUACCAAAGUCUGUGGCUUGCCUGGGGUGCUGGUCCCGUUUCACUGAUGAAAUGGCAUCACCUCUCUGGAGGGACAACAAAGAGACAGGGCAAGGAAAGCUCAGUAAAAGAGAUGGAAGGACAUUUGAUCUGCCGCUCGUUCUGGCUGACAGUCCUUUCUGCCCACUUGGUCAGAGUUCAGAUGCCAAAAUUGCAACGCCGUCAGCACACAUAUUCAACGGGGAAACACGAAUGUAUCACUGACUGCCACCAGUAGGAUUCAUUUUGGGUGAAAAACCUUCUAAGCAAUGGUAAAAAUCUGGAGUCAUGACAGCUGAGCAGGGAGCAAAAAGGAAACUUUCUCACACUGCUGAGACGUGCUUUAUUUUUCUCAGGUUAAUUUUACUUCAGGAGGCUGGGAGGGGAUUCUUUCAGGCCAUGGCGGGAUGUACAAAUACUUCUCCCACCCUCGCUAGCUCUCAGUCAAUAAAACCCACGUGCCAGCA